UCCAAAAGCAUCCUCAGCAGGGAGCAGGUCUGUGGGUGAGCGAGAAAGAGCCACACUGGGAUUUCCUGACUGUGUGUACUCUCACGCAGCCCACAUCUUCCAAAUGGCCCACGUGGAGAAGCCGCUCGCUCACAGAGUCAUCAAGUACGCCCCCACUGCACACACCCAUGCUGAGGAUGGGGUUCAUGGAGACUAUUCCAAUGCAAAGCAGAAUGAGCUGUGGGCAUAUGAGCUGGCAUUCAGUGCACUAAAAUUCCAAGAGCUGCUGGAGGACAUGCUGAUUAACAGCUGCUUCCACCCAUCUCAGCAAAUGCCAGAUGACCUCAUGUCCCUCGUGGUGGUCAUGCUAUACGACCUCCAGGACAGGAAGUUCCAACCAAGAGAGCCAGUGAUUGGAGAAGGGGAAGGGUUUAUAGAGGAAGUGAGACGGGUGGAGAACAGCCUUUUCAGUUUCAGGACUAAGCUUGCAGCUUCGUUGGCUCGAUGUAGAAUAAAGCAAAACCUGCUAUCUAUCAAUGACAUCUUGCCGAAGAGCGUGAGAGAAAAACGCCAGAGAAAACAUAAACUGCCACUGUGCGCCUGGGUCAACAUACUUAAGACCAGUACGGAGGAAGUGUGUGAGACCCUGAGAGCAGCAGGCUUCAUCCAGGUGGACCCUCAAAGUCAUCUGGAGGGAAAAGCAUUCUGUAAAGACCUGCACUGUCCCGAUGUACUGCUGUUUUCCCAGCAGGCUCAACAACAGCUGGAUGAGACUUUACUGUUGACAGAUCAAGUUCUCAUAAUACAGGCUAAGGUCUGCAGUCUGGCUGUAAGUGCUGUCCGCCCCCUGUUGGCAAAAAAUACUGAUAUUCUGAUGGUGGGGUCCUUCUCUGCUCAAACUGUGGCUCAUGUAGCGGUCCUUGCUUCUGCCUGUGAUGUUCGCGUCCACAUCUGUGGGCUUCCUGCUGAUCCCGCCCACAGGAAGGGACUACAAUCUACAUUCUCCACCAUUGGCUGCAAAAAUGUGCUGUUUCUCUCAGAUGAGUUUGCCGAGCUGAAUGAAUGGGACUCGCGCAUUCAGAAGGUUCGGGUCAUUCUACUGCUGCCGCCAUGUACAGUGUCUGGGCUUAGCAACCCUGUAGAACACAUCCUCCAUGAGGAUGGAGACAGGGAACUGCUGCAGGACCUGUCUAAGGGCACCAUCUCAGACACCAAACUGGACUCAUUGGUUUCUAAACAGAUGCAAGACCUUAGUCAUGCACUAACAUUUCCCAAGGUGCAUGCUGUGGUCUACUGCACAUGCUCAGUGUUCGCAGAAGAAAACGAGUUGUUGGUAAAGCGAGCACUUGAGAAUGCAAUCGUCAGGCCAAAGCUACGGCCAUUCAGGAUAGUGUCUACAGGAUGGAGGGAGGAGGCAGAGGAGAAGUUCUUCAGACUGGAGGAGUCGGACUCCACUGACGCCUGCUUCAUCUGUGUGCUGAGGCGAGAUCAGGAACCAGCAGAACCAGAAACCGUGCAGGACAUACUGGUGCGUGCAGCAGCCAAAGGGCUACUAGGCAACCUGAUAGCCCCUCAACCUUCUGACCAAGUCAAGCAAAAAAAGAGACAAAGAGAGAAAGGAGCAGCAGCGCCUCUUCCUCCCCUCUACCCCCUUCCACCUGCCAUUGCAGACACCACCGGACUCCUAAAUGACCUCAGUGUCCCUGAUAGAGUGUAUGAACAGUUGCCCAUGGCUACUGCUGUCCACAUCAGAACUGGCAGCAUGUAUUUUACUAACUUAACAGGUGAUGAGUCCGGCGACUCAUGUCGCUCUUUCACUAUUCCGAAUGAAGUUUCUACAACUCUUACUCAAGCUUCUACUGCUCUAACUCAGCUUAGUGCUGAACCAGACAACUCUGCAACAAAUGAAGCCGUUAGUAAGCAAACAAAAGGUCACAGGCGUCAAUCUAAAUCUCGGAGAACAAAACAAACGCAAGGAAGACAGAACAAAUCUAAAUCUCGCGGUCGUGCAACAAAGGCACACAGAUCACAGCAAUCACGCAAGAGACGACUGACACACAGACAGGCCCGUGUAAGAGCACAGACUCUCGCACCACUGGCUACUACCGACCACCCACUAACACCGGCACCACCUCCUGGCAAAAGACCAGCUGCUCUGAAGUCCUGGUCGUCACUAAAAGAGCCCCAAAAGCUGCACAACAGAAGAAAACCUCAGCAGGAAACUUUGCAGGAAGUGCUUGGCCCCCAACCAGCAGCAAUGGACCUGAAUGGGGUGAUUAAACUACAGCAGGAAGUGGCCAGAUCAAUGCGAGUGGUACUACCUCCCAUCUCUGCGAGCGGCUGCACAGUCCUUUCCUCCAAUUUAUCCUCCCAUCUUCUGCAGUCCUCUACCGGCUCCUCGUCUACUGGUUCCUAUCUCUCCAGUGGGCUCUCGCUGCCCACCAGCCGUUCUGAGAGUCGAGACUCUGUAAGGUCAGGUGUGACAGCUUGGCGCUGA